AUGUCGUCUCCGGCGGUGGCGAGGAGCGGCCCGGGGGGGAGCCGCGAGGUGGCCCCGCGGCGCUGGGCAGUGGGCGGCGGCAGCGGCGAGCGGCUGGAGCGCGGGGAGCUGCUGCUGCGCCGCGGCGAGCUGCUGGCGCUGGGCGGCCACCUGAAGGGAGCGCUGGAGGCGUACUCGGCGGCGCUGCGCCGCGGGGCCCCCGGCAGGCCCGAGCGCCUCGGCACCUUGGUGGACUGCCUGGUGCUCAACUACCGGCUCCGGCACGGGCUGCGCUGGAGCGCGGCCCCGGCUGCGGGCGCCCAGGCCGGCGCCGCCGGGCUCCUGAGCUGCCUGGGCUGCCGGGGCUUCCUGAGCGAGCCGGUGACCGUGCCCUGUGGCCACAGCUACUGCCGCCGCUGCCUGCGGAGAGAGCUCCGCGCCCACUGCCGCCUCUGCCGGGCCCGCCUGCCGGCCGCCGGUGCCCAGGGGCCGCCGCCCCCGGCCGCCGCCUCGGGCUUCAGGACCAGCGUCGUCCUCAACCACCUGGCCGAAAAGUGGUUCCCGGGCCUGCGGGAGAGGGCCCGGGCGGCCGGCCGGCUCGGGGAGCUGCUGCACCAGGGGCGCUACCGGGAGGCCCUGGCCGCCGCCUGCGAGGCGCUGCGAGCAGAGCCCAGCGACCUGACUCUGAAAGUUUACAGAGCGGAAUCAUAUGCUGGUCUCCAAGAGUUUAAAGCAGCAAUGGAAGAUUUAAACGCAGUUCUCUCUCAACUGCCAAACUGGCCUGAGGUCUACUUCAGGAAAGGGAAAGUACUCCUCGAUGCUGGCUUUUUGGGGGAUGCCUUACAACUGUUCCUUCAGUGCUUAGCUCUGGAUGAAGACUUUGCAGCCGCAAAGCUGGAAGUAGAAAAGAUUUUGUGUGACUUACUAUCCCCUGAAAAUGUAAAAGAAGGCCUGAAGGAGUCUUCCUGGAGUUCAUUCCCAUCUACUAAAAACAAAGCUUUUGGUUUCCCGUCAGUGAUGGAGGAAUCGCGUUCUGCUGGUGAGCUUAGCCCAGAGCAGAGUGAACCAGCUCCCGAGGUGGCUUCAGAACCUGUCAAAGGAAGCUUAAACCGUGCACAGUCCGCACAGGCUAUCAAUUCACCAGAAAUGCCUGUCAGAGAGGAUGGUCUAAAAAGAGUUUCUUCAGAACCGUUACUCUCAGUUCAAGAAAAAGGUGCUCUGCUGAAGAGAAAGCUGUCUCUUUUAGAACAGGAUGUGAUCGUAAACGAAGAUGGGAGAAAUAAGCUUAAAAAACAAGGAGAACCGCCUGGUGAAGUCUGCACGUUAUCCUUCGUUUGUGGUGACAUCCCGGAAGAAUUAAUAGACGUCUCAGAUUUUGAGUGCUCUCUCUGCAUGAGGUUGUUUUUUGAGCCAGUGACAACCCCUUGUGGACAUUCAUUCUGUAAGAAUUGUCUUGAGCGUUGUUUAGACCACACACCGUAUUGCCCACUUUGCAAGGAAAGCUUAAAAGAGUAUCUAGCAGAUAGGAAGUACUGUGUCACUCAGCUGUUGGAAGAAUUAAUAGUGAAGUACCUGCCUGGUGAGCUGUCUGAGAGAAAAAAGAUAUAUGAUGAAGAAACUGCUGAGCUAUCACACUUGACCAAGAAUGUUCCGAUAUUUGUUUGCACUAUGGCCUAUCCCACUGUGCCUUGCCCUCUUCACGUAUUUGAGCCAAGAUACAGAUUAAUGAUUCGAAGAAGUAUACAGACUGGAACGAAACAGUUUGGGAUGUGUGUCAGUGACGCACAAAAGAGUUUUGCAGACUAUGGUUGUAUGCUACAAAUUAGAAAUGUGCAUUUCUUACCUGAUGGAAGGUCUGUGGUUGAUACAGUUGGCGGAAAGCGGUUUAGAGUUCUAAAAAGAGGAAUGAAGGAUGGAUACUGCACUGCAGAUAUUGAGUAUCUGGAAGAUGUUGAGGUUGAGAAUGAGGAUGAGAUAAAGAAUCUCAGAGAGCUUCACAACUUGGUGUACUCUCAAGCCUGCAGCUGGUUCCAGAACUUGAGAGACAGAUUUCGGAGUCAGAUUCUUCAGCACUUUGGAUCAAUGCCUGAGAGGGAGGAAGACCUUCAGGCAACCCCUAAUGGACCCGCAUGGUGUUGGUGGCUUCUUGCAGUUCUUCCCGUAGACCCCCGAUAUCAGCUGUCCGUUUUGUCAAUGAAGUCUUUGAAAGAACGGUUGACAAAGAUUCAGCAUAUACUGACCUAUUUUUCUAGAGACCAAUCUAAGUAACCAGCUGCUUGGAGCUCCCUUUAAACAGUUACCCUAACCUGGCUGUGUGGACGGCCAGGUUGUUCACUGCCUUGGCACAUCCAGUGCUGGUUUGAGAAAUGUAAGGAAGACCGUAGUUUGCGUUUUUGUGUUCUUCAACCUCCUGAAUCAUGUGGUUCUGCAAAUGAACACCUUCGACUAGGACCUAGACCACUAAGAACUUGCACAGAAAAACACGCACUGAAUGUGUGUUCAACCUCUACGUCGUGAUGAAGUUGCACUAUGUACCAUAUCCUAAACUGAAAUGAAAACUCUGUGCAGGUGUGGGCUGUGUGUGUGUGCGUGUGUGCGUGUGUUUGUGUGUGUGCAUGGGUUGUACGUGCGCAUUUUCUCUGGCUUUAAAAUUUUAAAAAGAAAAAAAAAACAAAGCCAUAGAGAGCAGAACUUGCCGAGGGGUCUGUUGUUGCCCAAGUUUACAACAGUAACGAUACAAGUUUUUGCAAAUUGAAUUUGCCUCCGAUUUAUCUGUCCCAAUGCUUCGAUUUGCACAAGUAUGUACAAUGUGGUCUUGAGUAUCACUAUUUGUUGGGAAGACUGCUCUUGCUGAACUGUCUAGACCAUUGACUAUGACACAGUUUCUAUUUAUGUAAAUACGCACAUCACAGUGCCCUACGGGCAUCGGAUGUAGAACCUAGAGCCAGUUUUCAGGAACAAUUGCAAACCUGACAUGGUACUGUACAUCUAUUCAUAAAACACUUAAAACUGUGAAAAUAUGGUUUACAUUUAAUUGUACAUAAAGGCAAAUGGCGAACUCAGUUCAGUACCAAUUAGUUUGUACAUUAUAGGGGCUUUCACAUUAAUGGCCCGUCUCUGUAAUUUAUAGUUUGACAUGAUGUGUUUGUUUUUAAAACAGUGACAUAGUAGAAGCUCGUUGAGGAACUAGGGGAAGAAAGGAAGCUUACAAUGUAGAACUAAGCUUUUAAAGUGUUUUUUUUUUUUUUUUCCUGUUCUUGGUUCAAAUGUUAGUUAUGCCUUAUUCAUAUCACAGUUAGAUCACCAUGCUAUGGCAUGGUUUAUACUCAUGCUGCCUAGAUACUUCUGUAACUAUUUGUUGCAAACUUGUGACUGUCUCUAUUUACUUUCUUUUAUGUAAAGUCAUUUGUAAAAGUUUCUUACAAAUUUUGCUUUUGCUUAUUUAAUUUUGAAUAAAAGCUAAAUUCAUAAGAACUUUACUUUUUAACUGUAGGUCAGUGUCCAGAAAAACAUCAUUGGUGGAACCAAGGUGCAUAUAGUAAAGCACAGAUGAGUUUUGCUUCCUGUUUUGUGACAUGAGACAUAAGCUAUGGAUUUUCAAAGUACUGUUUUUGGCCAUUUUUUAAUCAAAGAAUGCAGUGUCUGAAGGAGGCUUGGGCCCUAGAACCUCCUCUAAAGCCCUAAUUUUCAACCUUUUGCAAAUCUUUGUCCUUUUAGGAUUCUUACAUAAACACUACCCCAUUGGAGACUUUCUCUGGUAACACAGACCUGACCAUUUUAGCCCCAAAUUUCCCAGCUAAGAUUUUCCAAAUAUAAAAAUGCUGAGUUCUAAAACAGAUUCAGAAAUGAUCUCCUUGAGGGCCUCCCUAACGCCCUCAGUUGUGCCAACUGAGAACCUGUUGAAUAGUCCUACAGAAAACAUUGCCUGGAGAAUGGGCCACCCCUCAAAAAUGCCUUAUAGAUAGUUUCUGAAGUGUUAAACUUUCUUGUAAGAAAAAAACUAUUAAAUGCCUAUUAAACAGUAACUCAUAGUGUAAAUGAAUAGUUCACCUAUGUAUUUCUCAAAAUAUGCACCGGAUGGUGGUAGGAGUUUUCUGGUGUUGAAUCCACAUCUGUGAUAUACACACACACACGGGCAUUGAAUAGUUUACAUAUAUACACAUACUAAUGGACAUUUAUGGUCCUAUUUAUCAUUUCACCCCUAAUUUUGUGAUAGAUGAAUACAUAGGUCUCUGACAGUUUCCAGUCUGCAGAUUAAAAAAAUCUCUGGAAAUUUUUUCCUACUAUAUCUUCCAUACAGUUUAUUAAAAAAAAAAAAAGUAAAUGGUUUUUUCCCUUAACAGUGUAAGUAUCUAAGUCCUGUCAUGAAUUCUACUUUUCAAGCCAAAGUAGCUAGUUGUAAAUUCUCUUAUACACCUGCCUGCAUGUCCAGUUCUUCCUCUUCAAGGUCCAACUCAGAAGUCUUAAGUCAGCUGAAAGGACUCUGAGUUCCCAAAGCACUUACUUUAUACUUGCUACGGUGCUUAAGGGAGAUAACUGAAUAAAAUACAUAAACUCUAUCCUGAGUAUUAAGACUAGUAUCUGGCAGUUUCAGACAGAUAAGUGCCAAAUCAUAGACUGACCACUGAGCAAAGCUGAAAAAUGAAUGCCAGUUAAAAAGGGAGGUUGGAUAAAGAUGGUUACCAACCCCAAAUAUCAAAUCCAAUGCCAUAGAGUCAAUUCCGACUUGCAGUGACCGUAUAGGACAGAAUAGAACUGCCACAUAGGGUUUCCAAGGGUUGGUUGGUAGGAUUCGAACUGCCGACAUUUUGGUUAGCAGC